AUGCACGCCUUCGUUCUUCCGGUUAACCUCACACACGCGCUCGAAGAUGCAAUCAAGACCACAAGGAUUGUGCAAAAGCAGCCCGAUCCUCUGGAUGCCAGAGUUAAGAACCAAGGUAUUGUUUUUGAUCUUGUCGCUUCCGUCAAUACCACAACAUUGAAGUUCAGCGGCGCGUAUGUGGGUGCAUUAAGAGCGUUCCAUUCGAUGAAGAACAAGGCACGAUUAUGGAUUUACGACAUCAAGUGGCUAGAGCAAGAUUGGAGAAAUGUUAAGGUGGAUGUGGAUCUUUUUGGACCCGAAACAGGAACGGCUGAAUUAUCCGUGGGUGACGUGUGCGCGCGGCACCAGAUACUCGCGAACGAGGUUAUCUCUAAGUUUUCAUCGAGUUCACUAGCCUCCGAAUUCGUCACGACGUCUGGUAAGGGUUGGGUAAGUUUCGAUAAUCUCGUGGGUGAAGUCUGUGAAGGUUGGCUGAAUGAUGCCCCAAUAGAUUUCUGCAUGGAAAUGCUGAGUGGAGUUGUGGGGCCGUACUACGCGCUUUCGUCAUUGACAACAGCCGUCGGAUUUCCAAGGGCGCCAACAACACCAAUUUGCCCUAUCAAGAUCAUCCUACUACCAGUCCACUUGCACGGAAACCAUUGGGGCGUUAUAAUUGCCCAGGUUCACUACGUCAAGGCUACGGACAAGUUGAGCGUGCGUGGAUAUAUGUAUGAACCUAUGAUUGACGUCGCUUACCACGAGGACAUGGAGGCAAAGUGGAAUGAUAUUACAGAUGCCAAUAAUGAGUUAGUGGAAGAAGGUCUCCGUGGAUUCGUACAGAGGUGGCACCAAGCUUCGGUCCCUCGCACCCGCCUAUUGAUGAAACCUUUUAAGUGGAUCGAUGGUCCACAGCAACAUGACUACUUCAGCUGUGGAGUCGUGGUGGUGGCACACGCAUACAGCUUUUUAACACACAACCAUGUGCAAAUCGCGCCAAGGCCGUAA